UCUUGCGAAAUGAAAUCUUAGUUGAGGACUUGUUCUAAGUCCAGCUUUAGAUUGCAUCCUCUUCGCUUCAUCUUCAGACAGGAGUGAUUAAUGACUGGUCAAGGUGGAAGCUUCGAGCUGCCGAGGCCGGUUUAAACCGUUAUCGAUACUCGGAUAAUCCAACAGCCGCCACCGAAAAAUUCACUCGUUGCGCGAUUCAAGGCCCGGUUGGCCGCAACCUUUUACAGCGGCCUCACAUUUUUCAAUUCCAAACCUCGCCGUAAUCAGCCUCGUCCUCGAGCCCGAGCCCUCCCCCACCAUCACCUCUUUAAUACACAUAAUCAGCCAUGGAUCACGGACGAGACCCCUGUCCUUGGGUCAUUCUCAAUGACUUUGGUGGUGCCUUUUGUAUGGGCGCUAUUGGCGGUACUAUCUGGCACGGAAUCAAGGGCUUCCGUAACUCUCCCUAUGGCGAGCGACGCAUUGGCGCCAUCACAGCCAUCAAGAUGCGCGCCCCAGUUCUCGGUGGUAACUUUGGUGUCUGGGGUGGCCUCUUCUCAACGUUCGACUGCGCUGUGAAGGGUGUUCGCCAGAAGGAGGAUCCUUACAACGCCAUUAUUGCUGGUUUCUUCACUGGUGGUUCUCUCGCUAUUCGAGGUGGCUACAAGGCCGCCCGAAACGGUGCCAUCGGCUGUGCUGUUCUUCUUGCCGUCAUCGAGGGUGUCGGUAUUGGUUUCUCCAAGAUGCUUGCUGGUAGCACCAAGUUAGAAGCUCCUCAGCCUCCACCCCAGGAGGCUACUCUGUGAGCCAGCGUCUGACGAAACGAAAUACUAUGAUCAAUUAAUGACGAUCAAACACCCUUCGACUUCCCCCACUCUCAACUCCACCACGACGACCAACAAAUUCUCCGGGUCGGGCUUUCGAAGAGCCAUGCCCCUUGUAUUUUAAGCACCAAUAUCACCAUCACCACGAACAAAAAUCUGGCAGACGUUUUAAUCCUUUCAAUUCGCAUCGGGUCGGCGUUCCAUGUAUAAUAGAACAAGAUAUCGGAAGGGUUUCGGGAAGGUGGAAUCUGGUUUAGCGAUGGAGUUGCCACACUUCUUGCGAAUACAGACUAACUUAUGUCUGAUGAGGAAAAAGAGAGCGACUGUGUAUGAAACCAAGCGACGGAGAGAGGCUUGGGAGUGCACGCGGAUCCACAGGUCCAAGAGAUAUGGGAAUCGGAAAUUCUUGCUGCAGAUAUUUAUGCUGCGUUUAUUUAUCGCGGAUUGGGUACAGAACGAAUAUAAAUGACAUUCCUGUUCACUCUAUGGGCACUCAUUGCUUUCGCUUGUCUAUAGGUCGCUCGACGGCUCAUUGCUGAAGAUGCUCAUUUGGGGCUUUCCCUCGUCAUCAAUCCAAGCUCGGAACAUGCCUCCGCAAUUGAAAUCCAUUAGGACUUCAGACCGAGUCUCGAUGACUUGACCAUGCGAAUCACGAACGACAACACUCUCGAUGCCAAUGAUGCCGCCUUCACCCUCACCUGUCCCGGCGCCAUCUAUCACCCGCACUUCUUUCCAGCUCUCCGCCUGGGCCUGCAAUAUGGGUUACAGCCUUGGAACCUGACUCUGGUUUCCACCUCGCCAUAGCUGCAAGGGUUCGUAGCGCAUUUGUCCUCAGGAAGGAAUCGCCGUUGCCAGUUCCAGAGCCACCAAUGGAUCUCGUGGUUAAGACUCGUUUACCUCUGAGCUUGAGGGGAGUAUACAUCACAGGAGUCGGAAAACAGUCUGCCAAUGUUCCUCCCAGGACGUCGCUGAGCACCAGUGAGGGGCCCGACUCGGUCAUGUCAUUCUUCAAGCGAUCCCACGUGGACGACCCGGUCGGAUCACCGUCCUCGGUCCAUUCCUCUGCCCAGAAGCCUGACCCAAUUGUAGGCGUGUCACCAAUCCGACCAGUGAGUUUGUUAGUCAAACCUCCUGUACUGGUUGCGGCGCAGAUAACACCAUCUUGAUCAAGCGCUACUGCUCCGCAUGUCCCUUGAGGUAGAUACUCAGUCGCACUCCAGGUUGCUUGCCCCUGACCUUUCUUCUCUCUAUCAAGAGCCCUGAUAUGCUCAUCCCAACGACGUUGGGUGAAGAAGUAACUAGGGUCGACAAGUUCUAGUCCGUACUGUUGCGCGAGUUGCUCGGCGGCCUUUCCAUAGAGCUGUGUAUGUCCCUGUGCGGAUGGGACAUCAAGAUCGCCUGAGUUGACUCCUCGAGGAUUCGCCUCCAGAUCGUCUUCACCAUGUUCCAGCAUUGCCCGGGCUAGGAGGAUGGGAUUCUUCACAUGGCGGAGACCCAUGACACCGACACCUCGCUUCUUAUAACCACGAGAUACCAUGACUGAGGCCUCUAGUUCAAUAACUCCAUCGCGAGUGAACACGGCGCCGUGUCCACUGUUGAAUAGGGGAUUGUUCUCCAGAAGACGGACUGCAUAGGUUGCGACAACUAAAGCUGAAGGGAGCUUCUUGGAUGACUUCUCUGAGACUACCUCAUGACUUCUCAUGUACUGGUCCGUUCUGGUGAUCUAAACGACCAGUUAGAUACUUGAGAAUACGGGGCUACCGUGGUUGAACUCACAAUAUCAAUAAGAGCUUUACGAUAAGCCCGGAACUGUUCCGGCGGGUACGUAUCGCGCUGGAUAUUACCUGCGCCUCCGUGAAUGACCAGACGAGGCUUUAGUCUUGGUGUUGUUUGUUCUUGAACUCUGUACUCCAUCUUUGGUGGUCAUAACCAAGUUGUUGGAACUUAGAAACCAAGAUAGUGAAAUGUCAAGGGACGGACAACCUCCCCUCACUGAUUGCUAAAGAUGAGCAUUGCGACAUAUACGGAGCCCCACUCGUGAUCAAGCCCAAGAUGGACUUAUCCAGACAAUAAGAGGAGUUGACAUAUUUUGAGAAUAACAUUGCCGCCUUUUCAUUUAAAACAUUAUAGAUAAGAGUUUCCAAGGGCAUACGCCCAU